AUGGCAGAUUUGUCAAUUGUCCAUGGGUCAGAAGAGGCGGCUCUCUGGCCCAAGAGGCUGGGAGACCUGAUCGAGGAUCAGGCUAACAGCUUCGGCGACCGCAUCGCUGUGAUAACGCCAUGGCAGGAGACGAGACUCUCUUUUACGGACCUGGCGGAGAGCAGCAAGGUCCUUGCCAAUGCCAUGGUUCGCGCCGAUUUGCGAUUGGGUGACUGCGUUGCGGUCAUGGCCGGGAACCGCUAUGAAUAUAUUCAGGUGUUUUUGGCUGGAGGGAGGAUCGGAUGUCCAGUGCUACCAAUUAACAACGCUUAUACACCGGUGGAGGUUUUGAGAGCCCUACAGAGAAGCUCGUGCAAGUUACUUUUCAUCGCCUCUAAUAUAGGUCCGCGCAGUUUGUCGGCUCAUAUACAGAACCUCAUUUCUUCAUACUCAGAAAAUACCUUGCCUGAUCUUUCUGGAAUCGUCGGUUUCGAUGUAUCUCAACAGAAUCAGUAUGUACAAAUUCAAGGCUAUGGGGAAUUCCUAGCUACUGGGGCACUGGACGAAGAUGAAAAUGGCUUUUUGGAAUCUGCACAACGAAUAGUGCGACCUUUGGACAGCCUCAGCUACCAGUUUACUUCCGGGACAAGCGGAGAGCCGAAACUUUCUAUGCUCUCACAUCGGGGCCUGAUAAAUAAUGCACGUCUCGUGGGAAACGCCAUGCGCCUGACUCCGGAAGAUGUAGUGUGCUGUCCGCCGCCAUUGUUCCACACAUUUGGCCUGGUGCUCGGGUUCCUCAAUGCCUUCACCCACGGCAGCGCGAUCAUCUUCCCCUCCGACACAUUCGAUGCUGAACGGGUCAUUGAUGCGGUCUCCCGGGAGAAAGCCACCGCCCUGCUCGGCGUGCCGACCAUGUUUGUGGCGGAACUAGAAGUCUGCGAGGCCAGAAAGCUGGAGAUCACGACGGUUCGGACUGGGCUCGCGGCUGGGUCGCCUGUGUCGGAGACGCUUUUAAAUCGAUUGGAAGACAGGUUUGGAGUUAAAGGAAUGUUGAUUGCUUACGGAAUGACCGAGACUAGUCCUGUGACUUUUAUGACUUCGCUUGAUGACCCCAGGGACAAGGCAAUGGCCAGUUUGGGUAGAGUCCUCCCGCAUACCUCUGCCAAGAUUGUUGAUGAAAAUGGCGCUAUUGUCCGGCGUGGAGUGAGUGGCGAACUUUGUACCAGCGGAUAUGGUUUGCAGAAAGGGUACUACAAUAAUGAAGCCAAGACCAAGGAGGCAAUGCGACUGGAUGCAGACGGAAGAUUAUGGAUGCGUACCGGAGACCAGUGCUACCUUGACGCCGAUGGCUACUGCCACAUCAGUGGCCGGAUUAAAGACAUCAUUAUCCGGGGCGGCGAAAAUAUGUUUCCGCUCGAGAUCGAGGAGCGAUUGCUACUUCACCCGGCAAUCAGCGAGGCCAGUGUUGUCGGAGUUGCCGAUCAGAAAUACGGUCAGGUGGUUGGCUCUUUCUUGAAGCUGGCCACGAACCAAAGCCAGCCUCCAGAUCAAGAAGUGAGGGACUGGGUUCGCGCAGAAUUGAGCUGGCACAAGGCUCCUCAGCAUGUCUUUUGGGUCGGCGUGGGAGGGGCCUGCCCGGAUUUUCCUAAGACUGCUAGUGGCAAGCACCAGAAAUAUCUCAUGGAAGAGAUUGCUAAUGAGGCUCUCUUUGGGUCAUCCUUCAGAGCUAUGGAACUCCCGGUCCGCUUGGGAUAUUCGAUUUUCGCGUAA